UGAAAGUAAAGAGUCAUUCGCGCUGAGCUCACUGUUCACAUGGACGCAGCACGGAGGAGGGCCCAGGGUCUUUAAGCUCAGGACCACUGUGAGCACAGAGGGUCAUUGUGAGCAGGAGCGGCUCCGGGAGUUUCCGCGAAGUUCUUCAGCCAAGGCUUAUCCAGCACGGGGCCGCGCGUUCGCCAGCUUCGUCCACUAAAGCGCGGGACACGCUCGUUUUCACGGGCUCCAGAGAAACGCACCGCGAGCUCGAACACGUCGAGGGCGCAGUGAGCUCGUCCAAACCAAGCUGACCCUGCGUGGACAUCAGAAGAUUUACAUCUGCUCAUCAUAUCCUGGCUUUAAGCAGAAGAGGGCUCUAGCUGGCUGAACGUGCAGGAGGCUUCGCCUGAUUUCUGGAGCCUGUGUGUCUGGAUUCCGCUGCAGCAUCCAGAGUCCAGACCUAUAGAAGAAGAAUCAUGGUCCAGUCUUGGCUCCUCAGGGGUUUUCUCGGUCUGAUGUGGAUAUUACCGUUGUGGAUGGAUGUUAUGUCAGAUAAAUGCAAAGCUUUGCACACCAUCAAAGAUCAACUCAAUAUAACCCUGAGGAGACGAUACAUGAAGCAGAACUUCCCCAUUAACUACACCAUUCAAGUGCGCUAUGAGGAGGUCUUCAGACUGCACAACAUCAGCAGGCUGAGGAACGAAGAAGAUGUGAACCUGAUGCAUCUGCAGGGCCUGUGGCUCACAGUGGCUCAGAAGGGCAUCAAGAAGAUUUUGCAGGUUCUGCCAGAAAAACACCCAACACGACGUAAAUACCUCACAGGUCUUGAGAACCUCUUCAGGAUGUACGAGCAGUAUGGCACACUGCUGUCCCCGGCUGAAGAGGAAACACCCGACAGCAUUAGGGACAUCUUGGAACGCUUAAGUGAGCCCGACUAUCAAGGAUGGAGAUCCGUCAAACCUAAAUCCGUACUGGACAACUGUUAUCGGACCAUGCACUGCCUGUUCAAAGAAUGCUUCUCACCAGACGGGAAUUAUGACUACUGCAACAUCCUUCACUGGCGAAAAGGAAGUAGAACGACACCUCAGCCGACUUGAGCGGACCCAUUCCCGCGAGCGUUUUUUGUGUUUGUUUGAGUGGGUCACCCAGUGUGUGGUGGUAUGCAUGGCUUGCUCUUGUCCUGCAAAAGGCCACUAGCACCCAAUGUGUUUAUAGACUCACAGAGCUGCUUUCCAGCAUGCAAGCCAUCCAUCCAUCCAUCCAUCCAUCCAUCCAUUUCUACGUACAUACAUCCAUCCUGCAGUACUUCUCCAAGAAAAAGACUUUUUUUUCUGCUUUAUAAGCAUUGUGUCUAAAUAUGCCCACAUAUACAUGUGUGCCCACUCCGGAAGAGAGCAGCUAUGAGCAUUGCAUUUCUAAUGAGAAACAUUCAUGGCUCUACCGUUUAUAUUCCUCCCAGACACUGCCAGAAAUACCUUAACGAUGUUUUGAUGAUGCUCUUGAUUCUGUGCGCCAAACCAGUAUAUAAUCGUUAGUGUUUCAGAUACUGUAAUGGUGAUAUAAGCGGCUGGUUUUUUUUUUUUCUAUAUGUAUAAACUGCAUGCAGAUGUUUGGCUGACUGCUGGCUUAGUCAGCAAAUUCCUCUAUACUUAACUGCCUUCGCUGUGCGCUUUGAUGUAAGUUUCUGUUGACUUCAUUGUGUGCCUUAAUGAUGUUGUCUUCAGUAAAAGGUUUCUUGUUUUUAAGAUGAGUAAGAUUUAUGUUAUAUGUUUUAUACAUUGAGUUAUUUAUUUGGAGACCUCUAUAAAAUGUUCUGGUAACUAUCGUGUUGUUGUGAAAAAAUAAAUAAAUGUUAAUCUGUC